GGACUCGCAGCUGCGGAGGCCGGAGACGCGGCGGCGUUGGAGGCUGCGCGGGGCGCGGAGCGGGCGGGAGCGUGAGGCCGGCGGCGGUGGGAGAGCGGCCCGGGCGGCCUGGGAGCCGGGCCUCGCAGCACCGAGCGGCCACCGGAGCCGCUGCAGGAGAUUCUCAGCCUGGUCUGUGAGAUGAUGGGAUUGGGAAACGGGCGUCGGAGCAUGAAGUCGCCGCCCCUCGUGCUGGCUGCCCUGGUGGCCUGUAUCAUUGUCCUGGGCUUCAACUACUGGAUUGCGAGCUCCCGGAGCGUGGAUCUCCAGACGCGCAUCGUGGAGCUGGAAGGCAGGGUCCGCAGGGCGGCAGCAGAGCGAGGGGCCGUGGAGAUGAAAAAGAACGAGUUCCAGGGGGAGCUGGAAAAGCAGCGGGAACAGCUGGACAAAAUUCAAUCCAGCCACAACUUUCAAAUGGAGAGCGUCAACAAGUUAUACCAGGAUGAAAAGGCAGUUUUAGUGAAUAACAUCACCACCAGCGAGAGGCUCAUCAGAACCUUGCAAGACCAGUUAAAGGCCCUGCAGAAGAAUUACGGCAGGCUGCAGCAGGAUGUCCUUCAGUUUCAGAAGAACCAGACCAACCUGGAGAGGAAGUUCUCCUACGACCUAUGGCUGGACCACUCGCAGCUAUCCUGGAUCAUGAGGAACCAGUGCAUCAAUCAGAUGAAAGAGGUGAAGGAGCAGUGUGAAGAGCGAAUAGAAGAAGUCACCAAAAAGGGAAAUGAGGCUGUAGCUUCCAGAGACCUGAGUGAACAAAAGGACCAAAGCCAGCAGCUCCAAGCCCCCAGUGAGCCCCAGCCCAGGCCGCAGGAAGCAGGCCUGCCCCAGGCAGAGGUGCCACAAGCAAGAGGGAACAUGCCCAGCAACAGCGAGCCCCAGACACUAGUCCCCAGUUCUGAGGCGGCUUUGGAUUUGAAGAAACAAGGCGAGAAAGAGGGAACCAAGGAGAUGCAGGUCGUCAGCAAGGAGGAGCUUCAGAGGGACAGCCUGGGGCUGUCGAAGGAGCCGGGGCGAGAGCAGAAUGUGGAAGAAGACAGACAUGUGGGCGGAAAAGGCCGUGGAGAACCCGGAGAACUGGGCCAAACCCCACAGGUGCCAGCUGCCCUGUUGGCAAGCCAGGAGAAUCAGGAGAUGGAGAGCCCUGAGAGGGACCAGCUCGUCAUCCCCGACGGGCAAGAGGAGGAGCGGGAUGCCGACGAGGAAGGGAGAAACCAGCAAAAACCGGGAGCAGAGGAUGACUACAACAUGGAUGAAAACGAGGCAGAAUCUGAAACAGACAAGCAGGCAGCCCUUGCGGGGAAUGACAGAAACGGAAAUGUUCUUAACGCUGAAAAUCAGAAAGGAGGCACAGUAAAUUUACUAGAACAGCGAGAAAAGAGGAAUCACACACUCUGAACCAAACUGGAAUCACACACUUUGUGUCAGAAUUGAACAGAGAUCACUACAAAAUAUUCAUGAGGGAUUGGAUACUGUGUGAAAUGUACUAAGUAAAAUAUCUAAAGAUGAUUAUUGUGGAGUUUUAGUUUGUAUUUACUGUGUAGGAAAAUGAGAUUGUCUUUGAGACACUUUUGAAGUGUCUGUAUUGAGAUGUCAAAAUUGUCGAAAUUUGUUGGCUAAUAGGUAUUUCAUGAGAAGAUCAACACCAGCAAUAGAACACAGGUUCUCCUUCAAGUACGGCAGCAGUAGUUCUACUGUGGAAGUAACUUCUGACGUGAAGGAGGCCCACCGCACUUGCAGAGCUCCUUGUCCUCAGUCCCCUCUGGAGUCAUUCUCUUCUCCACAUGCUGUGCUGAGUGACGGGUACCAGCCCCUGUUAUUUCUCCUCGGUGGGCACUGAAUGAUUUUUGGUUUAUCUUCUUGUACCCACCUCUGGUUCUGACAAUCAGUGGCCUAGAGCACUGAGUGUUAACACAAACAUCACUAGCAACGGUGUUAAACAAGUCUAAACACAAAGGUGUUCUGUGCGAUAAUUUUUUAAAAGAUUACUUGUAUGAUAACCCUUGUCAUUAAUGUACAAAAUGCUUUUAAGUGACUUGUAAUUUGAAUACUUGUGAUGUAUACUUGCUUUGCUUAAUAUGUGUGGGCAAAGCAAAAUCUUGUGUAACAAGUCCUUAGACUUUUGUGGAUUAGACUUUUGACACAUCAGGGGCCAAAGCAGAGCCCUGGCUGCCUGCAGCAGAACAGUGAGGGCAGCACAGUACUGUGGGGAGAACUGCCUACUUCGCUACUAGAAGAAAAGAAGAGAAAGUUAAUGUUGAAAGAUAUAUAUACAUCAUUACAAAUUUGGAGAGAUUAGAAAGUCAAGAGAAAUGCAAUAGUUGUUUGUGUCAGUUUACAUUUAGCAUGUGGUAAAGGACUAUCACAAAACUGAUUUAAAAAUCGAAAGUUAAUCUGAAAACGACUAAUCAUAAUUUACAUUAAUAGUGACGUCAGGUUUGACUCGAGUUGGUUCUUAAGGUAAAUAGACUCUUGCCGGGCUUGUGAAUGACUGGCAAAGUCACACUAAUGACCUUUAGUGAGGCUCUCUAAAGGGUAGGUGGGUGGUGAUGCUUACUAAAAUACAUUUUGAGUCAUGGGAUUCGAGAUGCAGGGGCCUCAGGUCAUUGGACAUAACUAACUCCCUUGUUUACAGAGAAGAAACUGGGGCCCGGAGGAGUUCUGAAGCUUCUCCAGGCCAGCAGCCCGUGAGCUGGAGUGCCUGCGUCCCGGCCAGCUGUGGACUCCGGGUGCCACUGGCAGUCACCGAGGGCAGGUCCUGGUUUGCAUUCAGGUUAAGAUGUCCAGCUCGAAUGCUGUGUGAUAUUCUCCUACCUAAUCCCUAAGAUUAAACUUUCUACCCAGAAAAGGCAACUGAAGAAGGGUAUGAAAGUAGCUUUAUGAAUCUAAGUCCUUGUGCAGCCUCCCUCUGUGUCUUAGUCUUAGGGUUGAUAUUCUCUCUUGCUUAGCCUUUAUUCAUCUCAUGUUUAAUCAGUGUGCCUAGAGUUGCGGAGAAAUAAAAUACUGUUAGUUCAACUUUUAAAACUGCUUUCAGUUUUCCCUUCAUCCCCUGUUGGAUCCCUAAGGAAAUCAGCUUGUAAACUGUGGAUUAAGCAUGGUGGUUUGCCUUAUAAAUUCAACCUUUCGUGGAAUGAGAUGUCAUUGUAAAUUUAAAAAACCAUGAUUUCAUCUCCUGUACAGAGGCACCAAAGGGCCAUUUGUUCAGGAGGUGUGUACUCUAGCUAUUUCUUCAAGCAGUCAUGCUUUAUUACUGUUGACUUCCCUUAGGAUCACAGACACCUCUUCCAAGGAAUAAUCUAGAGGUGUCACAGUUAUUUAAAAAACAAACAAAACCUGUGUAAUAAGCAUCAAAUAGAUAUCAGACCCCCAACCUUGGUCUUUUGGGUUCAUCCAAAAUUAAACCAGCAGGUAGUCCAAUUUUUAAUAGGUUUAUAUAAACUCUAUUUGAUUCACAACCCUCCUCUAUACUCUCAGAUGGUGAGCAGACAGGAGUGAUGAUUCAUUUGAUCUUUUUUCCUGCAGGUAGGACUGCAGAUGAAGAUUCCCUAAAGCAAUUUUGGAUUAGAUUUCAUGAAUUAUCUUAAUCACCACACACAGUAUAUACCUUCGUGUGAUAGAAUUUGAGAAACAAACCAUUAUCUGUUAAGUCAGUAUGCUGUCAUUAAAUAACUAGAUUGAUAACUAGCCUGAUAGUUUUAAUUGGUAAUAGGUGGCUAUCUGUUCAUAGUAGAACUUGGAAUGGUGAAAGAAAAUUGUGAUUUCAGGGUCCUUUAAGGUCCAGGGGGAAUUGGUCUAUUCCCACUAUGUAUUUUAGCCUAAAAGAAUAUUACAAAUAAAUGAUAAUUUAUAGGACACUCAACAACUUCUAACACUUGUCUUUGAAAUAAGUUUGAAAACAAAUAUAUACAUUUUAAAGUUUCCAUUAACUGUGGGUUAUAUUAACAUUUUUUCACAUAGUUAGCUUAGACUGAAAAUGUUCAUUAGUGUUAGAAAGUUGGGGAAAUGGCUUAUCUCGUGUAUUUAAAUGUUUGUAUGUUUGUGUACUAUUUCAGCUCAGAGGGCAACACUGAAAAUGUACUAACUAAGCCACUGUUCCGUAACAGCUGGUUUGUAAAAUUCUGGUAACAUAUACACUGAAGGAUUACGCAGUAGUUAUCUUGCCAUGCACUUAAAAAAAAACAAAGAAACAAAAAUACUAAACUAAAAUGCUUCUGUCCUUGUUGGUGCGCCUGUGAAACACAUCUCUGGGGAAGUUACAUGACUUGAAAUAUUCUCAUCUGUAAACUAUAUAUAAACUUAAGGUGACAUUCUUAUAAACCAGGACCCUAACCAAGACAAAAUGCCUAUUUUUAAUCCACAAAUGCCUAUUUUUUAUCCUUACUCCUUAGAAUAAAAUUAAAUGUUCUAGGGACUUGCCUGCUGGUCCAGUGGUUAAGACUUUGCCUUCCAGUUUAGGGGGUACGGGUUCAAUCCCUGGUCAGGGAGCUAAGAUCCCACACGCCUCGCAGCCAAAAAACCAAAACAUAAACAGAAGCAGUAUUG